GGCUGUACGUCCUGCCCGGGAAGGAGCUGAGCGCAGAGGGGUAGUGCGGCAGGAACGGGUCUAUUUAUACAGGAAAUGCAAUGCAUCGUGGGAAUUGGAGUCAUAGCCGGAAUAGAGCUGGCUACUGGUACAUUGUUUCAGUGGUAAUGUUAUUAGUGCAGCAGAUGUUCUGAACAGAACAGAAUGGAGCUGGGAAAAGGGAAACUCCUGAGAAGCGGCAUCAACGCCCUCUACCAAGCAAUCCAUCCAGUGCAUGGUUUGGCCUGGACAGAUGGUCGGCAAGUUGUAUUGACAGCCUUGCACCUCAAUAACGAAGAGCCCAAGUUUGGCAACUCUAUUGUUAUUGGACAGUUUGAACAUGUGCAUGGGCUUUACUGGGGGCCAUUUUUGGCAAAUGAUACCCCUGCCCUGUUGGCUGUCCAACACAAGAAGCACGUCACUGUUUGGCAGCUGUGUUACAGUCCCUCCGAUAAGAACAAACUAGUUGUUUCACAGACAUGUGAGAUAGGAGAUCCGUUCCCUGUCCUCCCACAGGGCUGCACAUGGCACCCCAGCAAAGAUAUUUUAGUCGUUCUAACAAAACGGGACGUGUCUGUCUUGUAUGCCGUGCGUUAUGAGAAUUCCAGCCUGAAAGCGGACAUUAAAAGCAGCGGUCUUAUUCACUGCGCUUGUUGGACUAAGGAUGGCAGUCGCUUAGUUGUAGCUAUUGGUAGUGCUUUGCAUUCCUACAUUUGGGAUAGCAAGCAGAAGACCUUAAAUGCAUGUGCUUUUUGUCCUGUGUUUGACAUUGGAGGCUACAUUUGCGCUAUUGAGUCUACGGUCGAUUCACAAGUCGCUGUGUCCACGGAACUUCCGUUAGAUCGUAUCUGUGCUUUAAAUGCAGGUAUUGCUUUUACUAUGCCAGCCUCUUCUGAGAUAACCAUCUCUAAUCAACCAGGUUUAUUACUGAUGGAGGAAGAAUUCUCUAUGGAUGGUGUCCAAAAGUCAGCUGACUCUGGAUCUUUGACAACAGACUCUCUGGCAACAUCUCCUGCUACUUUGGAUCUCACCCAUAUUGUAAAUCACUCCAAAGCAGACCUGAAUUCCCUUCUUAACCUGAAAAAGAAGGAUUAUCUCACAGGCAGUGGGCAGGAUUCAUCGCAUUUGAUCCUUGUGAGCUUUGAGAAGAAAGUGACCACCACUCGGAGGGUCAGCAUUCCUGGUAUUUUAGUUCCAGACAUAUUGGCGUUUGAUCCCACUGCACAUAUUGUUGCUGUUGCUUCAAACACGUGUAGCGCAGUUUUGGUGUAUUCCCUCACAUCUUCCAGUGUGCCUAAUAUUCAACAAAUCCAGCUAGAGAAGAACGAGAGGCCGAAAGGAUUGUGCUUUCUCACUGAUAAGAUGCUGCUUGUGUUAGUAGGAAGACAGAAAACCAGUGACCCAGCUUUCCUGCCUUCCUCCAGCUCGGACAAAUACUUGAUUCGUUUGAUGGUCAAAGAAGUGAUGUUUGACGAGGAUUCUUCUGCUUCCUCCGGCGGGAAUACAAGUGUACAGGCUAGCAAUGACUCUUGUAUGAGCAUACAAGACAAGAAGAAAAUGGUUGAGUCCCUCUACAAGGAAAGUCCGUCUACUCACCGCGAGCUGCUGUUGCCGAGUGGCACAGCUCCGCCUACUUAUUUGCGGAAGAAGAAAUUGAUAGAAGAAAUUAGAAGCUACGACGGUGAUCAGAGUCCAACAUCCAGUGCGAAUGAGUUUGAUGAGAAAAGGAACAGACUAAGAAUGGAAAGCUUUGACACUGAGCCAAAGAAUUGCUCAGUCACCCUUAGCCUUGACAUGGACAAGAAGCCGAUUAGCGGGUCAACGUCGCCAAAAUCUGAGUGCCAAAAUAGCAGCCCACCCAACUUCAUACAACCAAGUGAUGUAUCGCCACAGCAAGAAAUCCUCAGCAUAUCUAGAAACGUCGAAAGGCUUUGCUGUAAUUUUGCACAUUUGCAACAGCAUCUUUCAGAGCUGACGGACAUCACAAGGAAUGGCAAAAGGCCUUUGUCGGCAUCAUACCUACCGUGUAGGCAAGCUCCUUAUGUGACAGUUGUGUGCCAGGAUGCCUACCAUCCAGAGGGGCCUGCAAUGAAAAGAAGCAUACUGCUGUGUGAAAACAAGCUGCGCCUGGGUACCGUCCAAGAGCUCUUCGGUCUCUCUUUAAUAGAAAUGCAGUUGGGUCCCUCACUGUGGAUUAUCCUGACAGGAGACAGUGAAGGUUUUAUCCCCUUAACGUUUUUAGCUAAUCAGGAGAUAACCAUCAGAGAUGCAAGAAUUGCCGCCAUGCACCCACCACUGCGUAUGGACAGGAAUAACUCCCUGCAGCCUUCCAGCAGUGUUACAUAAUUCACAUGUACCUUCAGCGUGCGCAAUGUUGAAACUGCAACAACCAGAUGCGACCAUAUCCACAAUAAAUCAUUUGCACUCCAUUCUUGGAAGCUUAUUCAGAAGUGUCUGGUACAAAGCCUGCAGUUUAUAAGCCAUAGUAGUUAUGGAUGGUCGAAGAACUAAGUUGCCUAUUCCGGUGGAUUUGUAUGCAUGCAGGUAUCCGUGUUACUGUAACGAGGAGUUAACAGUUGCAGUGAUGUAAGAGAAUGUGAUAGUCAUUCAUUUCAUAAACCAGGCCAGUCUGAUAAUCCUGAGCUGAAAGCAAUAAUACAGGGAAAUGGCAGUUUUCUUAUAUAAAUCAGAAGGUGCAUAUUCCCGUGACCUUUCCCAGGGCUGCCACAAGCAGUGGAUUAUCCCCUAAUAUUUAAGAUUUCGGUCCAUUGCAAGUACUUGAAACUUUCUGUACAGUUUGUAAAUUAUUGGGUGAAUUAAUGAAAAUGUACAUUUUGUCCUUACAGGUUAUUUAAUGUACCAGCAUUCAUGUACAGUAAUUAUCAUUUCUGGUGUGUGCCAAUUUGCAGAAUAUUUCUGUUCUGCUGAGGAUUUAUCCGACCUAUAAUAUACUCUGAGCUGAUAAAACGUUGACUGCUGCUUACAGAACAGGCUAAAGGUAAUUAACCAGCCUUGGAUUUAGAUUGUAUAAAGUCAACGUUCUUCGGUCAGGCUCGUGUUUACACCUAGAUGGGACACAAUGUUAAAUUGUACCUUAUUUAUAGAUCGUGUUUAAGUAUAAAUACUAUUUGAAAGCAGGGGAUUUUAUACUCCAUUUUCGGGGUUCUGUAGCUAAACUAUUGUAUAAACUAAAGACCAAUAAAUAGAUAAUGUAACAGGCCAGAGGCCCACAGCUGUAUAAAGUGAAGAUCCAUACCUGCCAAGCUGUACCUAAUAGCUGCCCAUCCAUCAUGUUUUUGCUUAGGCAAAGCACAUGCUCAGUCUGCUCUGAGCUGCUGUCAGCUAAAGGGUCAAAAUUCAAUCCAAUUCAAUGCUGUCUGCUGCAUGGUGUUGUGAUUUCCACGCAGUGAAUGUGGGCAACUAAAAUAAUUCUGACCAGUUUUGUCACUAUCGUACUCUUACCAUUUGUGCUGUUUAUAUCUCAGGGGUUGUUCUG